AUGAGCACCGCCGUUGCCAUGGCCCCUUCACCGGCUCCCCACGACAGGCCGUCUUUUGCUGCCGAUCUUCCUGCUCCUUCUUCUCUCAGCGCUGCUGCUCCUUCCUCCUCCACCUCGCCCUCCGCACAGCGCACCGCAGCGGCCUCGUCGGCCGCCCCCCUCGCGCCUGCACGACGCUCAGGGAGUGGCAGUCCCAAGGGAGCAUCUACAGCUGCCAAAUCCUCCCCGCCCAGCGCCACCAGAAAUGCAGGUCCCCCAAAGAUCAUCGUAAAGAAGGAGCCCGGCUCACCAGAACAGGCACCUCGACACCGACCGAGGAAACUGGACCUGUCCAAGGGCUCCAAUGCCUCGAACAUCGUCCCCCAGACUGCGAGGCCCAUGACUGCCAGAGAGGGCUUGGGCAUCCAAGAAGUCGGCCUGGCCUGCCUCUCUCCCGGUUUCGUCACGCAUGAUCCGGCGAUGAAGGAGCAGCUCCAGCGAAGCAUGUCUGUUCGGGAACAGCAGAGACACAUCAUCGAAGCUAGGUUACAGCAGCAAUCCGCCAAGGGCGAUGGCCCCGAGGGCGCCAAGGACAAGGAUGGUGUCAGCCAGUUUGCCGCCAAAACACCAGGCAUGUCGAGGCGUAACAAGGCCCCUCCCGGCCUCUCGAUUGUCGCGCCGUCGCACGAGACUUUUGCCAACGAGCGAGUGAUUCAGUCUGCACCGCUCGGACAGACAUUCACCGGCAUCCAGCAUCACCCGCUGACGCGACACAUUACUAACCAACCCUCGAAGCUGUCGAACACUUCUCACAUUCACCAUGUUCCUGCCACGCAAACGAAUAACCGCCUGCCUCCCAUUGCUGAUGUCUUUGGCCAGGGUCUCUCGGGCCAUCCUGAAAACCCCGGCCACGCCAUGUUCGCCCAGCAGAGCGCCAGGGGUCCGCUGACGUCUCCUGUCCACCCCCCGCCGCCCCAGGCGCCGACACCAGGCCGUCCGCGUGAAUACAAGUCGGCUGAAGAGGCUCAAGCCGAGAUGGCCGGCGGACGCCCAGAGCUGCUUCCCAAGCUUGUACACUACGGAGGCCAUCAACCACCCACUCCGCCAUCGCCUCAACCCGGCCACCCGCGCCAUAUCGACGGUUCCAGGAGUGCCAGCCGACGACGGACGCGUGCUGAGUACGAAGAGGGCGGCAGCCCGCCUCUUGGCACGGGCCGCGCAUCCACGCGCCGCGGACCUUUCGGCGAGGGUCGCGACAGCCCAGAGACUCAGCGCCAGAAGCGAGAGGAGUUCUUGCGUCUGUGUGAGCGUGCUUGGGAUCUGUUCCACUCUUAA